AUGAAACGUGUAGGUGUUUCAGAAGCCACCCAUCUCUCUCUCUCUCUCUUUCUCUCUUUCUCUCUGUCACUUACACACACGCACUCUAUCUUUCUAUCUCUCUAUCUAUCUCAAUCUAUUCAUAUCUAUCUUAGCCUGAUCAUAUUUAUCUACCUCUUUCUGUUCAUAUCUCAGCCUGUUCAUAUCCAUCUAUUUAUUUAUUCAUGUAUCUAUCUAUCUAUCUAUCUAUCUAUCUAUCUAUCUAUCUAUCUAUCUAUCUCAGUCUGUUCAUACCUAUCUAUCUAUCUGUCUGAUUUAGUUUCUUCAUGUCUAUCUCAGCCUGUUCAUAUCUAUCUAUCUAUCUAUCUAUCUAUCUAUCUAUCUAUCUAUCUAUCUAUCUGUCUGUCUCAGUCUGUUCAUAUCUAUCUCAGCCUGUUUAUAUCUAUCUAUCUGUCUGUCUGUCUCUCACUGACUCUGUUCAUAUCCAUCUCAGCUUGUUCCUAUCUAUCUAUCUAUCUAUCUAUCUAUCUAUCUCAGUCUGUUCAUAUCUAUUUCAGCCUGUUGAUAUCUAUCUAUCUCAGUCUGUUCAUAUCUAUUUCAGCCUGUUUAUAUCUAUCUAUCUAUCUAUCUAUCUCGUUCACGUAA